GAUGACCGUUACACCUGAGCAACACAAAGCCGGUCUGCCGUCCGUCACCAUGGUGACCUGAACCUUCGCCAGGGGUUCGAUUUCCACUCAGUGAGCACACACGCUCAUCUGCAGGACAGCAAGUGGACAUAAUUCAGCAUGACGGAGGGAGGCGUUCGUGUACCGUCCGGGCAGCUGAAGGUCAGCGCACUCUCAGACGAGCGAGUGGACUUCGUAAAGGAGCAGGUAUUCACGGCUCUGCGGCUGAAGACGGACAAGUGGAACCGCUUCAUCGGAGCAGAGGAGAACCAGAAGGCCUUGCUUGACUUUCUAGAUCAGGGCUGGGGCGAGCGCCUCGUUCUGUUCACUGGGCCGGGAGGGACGCUGCAUAUAGGAGAUGAACAGAGCUCAUCUCCAUGGAGGACCAAGAUGCUGUGUUUGCUGAAGAAACCUGGACAUGGCGUUCCCAGAAGCUCCUUUCGUUCCCAGCUGUGGCUCAGUGAAGUCCCGGCGCAACCCCUGGACCACGCCCCCGUCCUCGUUGGCCAGGUUCUGCUUUCAGUCCUGGCAAACCCUUGGAAUCAGACCGGCUGGCCACGAGUGUUGGGCCAGGACAUACGCAAACAUCUGGAGCAGCUGCGCAGUCGGGCAGUCACACUGCAGGGUCGUGCUCAGGGACGGACACUGCUUCCUCUGCCUCUGAGUGUGGACAGGAGAGAUGAGCAGCAGCUCAGCUCUGAUUUGUGUCUGGUAGACCGGGCUUUGCUGUAUUCUAUUGAGACCAUGGUGAUAGAGUGGAGUCAGCAAAUGGGCUCUGUGCUGCAGCGAGACUCUUCCCAGCUCCUGCGUCAGGGAGACCAUGUAGGCCCCACAGCAGAGCUGCACUUCUGGGCUCAUCAAAAAGAAAAUCUGCAAGGAAUCCAGAAACAGCUGCGAAAUCCAAAAGUUAACCAGGUGCUUGAGAUUCUGCAAAGGAUCAACAGCAGUUAUUCCACCUCUUUUCAUGACAUCAUUCAAAAAGUAAACCAAGCGGUGGUGGAGGCUGAGGACAUUGACCUGCACCUGAAACCCUUGCGAAAGCUCAUUGUGGCGUUUGAGGAGCGGAGCUUCACCAAACUGGAGCCGCUUUUCCCGGCUCUCUUUCACACCCUCGCGCUCAUCUGGACACACUCACACUUUUACUGCUCCCCAUCACGCAUCGUCACACUCCUUACUGAGUUCUGCAACCUGCUUAUUGACAAGGCCAUGGUGUAUCUGAUCCCAGAGGAGCUUUUUAAGAUGGAGCUGGAGGAGGGUGUAGAGCGUGUGCAGAGGGCACUGCAGGUCUUUAAAGCAUUUAAACAGACUUUCCAGCAGUACAGAGACAGACUGACCUCGACGGGACCUUACGGUCAGCUGGGACGUCCUGUCAAACCCUGGGAUUUCCCCUCACAGAUCAUCUUCCAGCGUACUGACCUCAUCAUGGAGAGGCUGCUCAUGAUUGAGGAGCUGUUUGUGUCAGCGUUGGACUUCCUGAAGCUGGAACGUGUGGAGUUGGGUGGCUCUAGAGGAAAAAUUCUCAGUGAGAUGGUUUACAGAAUGAACGACGAGUUUCAUGACAGCUGGAGAAUCCUCAAGGAAAGCAAAUAUGACCCUUUGGACUACAGUAAAGAGGAGUUUGUGCACGAUUACAAACGCAUCGUGGAACAGAAUCAUGACUUUGACCAGAGAUUGGGGACAGUGUUGAGUCUGGCCUUCCAACACUUUUCCAGCCUGGAGUCUGCCUUCAAGCUCUUGCAGAUCUUUGGGACUUUGUUAGAAAGGCCAAGGGUUCACCAGAUGUUUGCUCCAAACUAUUCCCUCCUUCUGGCCAUGUUUCAGGAAGAGGUCAAUACUUGCCAGCAUAUACUGGACAAUCAGAGGGAGAGAUGGCAAAAUGGCUGCCCAGUUCUCAGUAAAAACAUGCCACCUGUUGCCGGAAACCUGAAAUGGUCUCAGGAGCUCCGAGAGAGAAUUCUGAGCAAUCGCAGCAACCUUAACCACCUCACACACAUGCCGUUAGAGAGUCCUGAGGCGGAACAGGUGCUGCAAGCAUGCGAGUGUGUUUUAGAAGUCCUGGAUCAGCUGGAUGAAGAGGUGUACACUACCUGGUGUGAGGGAUUGGAUGAACUGUGCCACACACACAUGAAUGAACCGUUGCUCUCGCUGGAGCAGGAGAAUGGACUGUACCAUGUCAACUUUAACCCUGCUUUGACCUCGGUGUUGAGAGAAGUGAAGUAUCUUGGUCUACUGAGGAAUCAUGACAUACCUGAAGCUGCACUGCAUCUCUACUCCAAACAGGAGAUACUCCACAUGUACACUACCACACUCUCUCAGGUCACUCACUGGUACAAUAAGCUCCAUAGCACUAUUCUGGAUGUUGAGCUCAAACUGGUGGAAGCAGAGAUGGAGGAAGUGAGGCAGACGCUAAGCCCCGCCCUCAAGGACUUGAGGUGGAGUCAGGAAGAGCUCUGGGAUUACAUCAAGAGCACACAUGAUCUGGUGCAUGGCAUAUCUGAGCGAGUACAGAAGAGCCAGGCGAACCUGGACGCUGUGCAGGGACUGAUGGGAGUUUUCAGUCAGUCGGCUUGUGUUACACGCAGGAGCAGUCUCCGUGGUGACCAGCUUUACAUGGCUGACGUGGAGGAAAAGUUCAAACAGCAGUACAGGCUGAUCUCUGAGACAGCAGAGAGAAUACACACACUCGUACAGGAAAAUGGCGUCCUCCUGGGUGCUGAUGUUGACUCAGGGUCCUGGGAGGCUUACACACAGCAUGUGGACCGCAUGGUUCUGGGCGGAUUCUGCAAUGCUGUGCGCUGCUGCCUACAGUAUCUGGUCGAUAACACAGACUCGGCUUCGCGUACAGCACCACUGUUCGAGAUCCAACUGACCCUGACCACCGAUAUGACCUUUCACCCUUCGCUUGACCUCUCCAAAACGGGCAACUUCUAUCACAUCAUUGACAAAAUGGUGGCUGAUAUAUUCAAAAUGGCCUCAUAUAUGAACAGAGUUGCCAAGCACAAAAAAGCCGAGACUUACCAGGUUGAUAUCUCCCAGGUUCCAGAGCUGUGUGACUUGGCUCAGCUGAUUCGAACCCGUGCCCGAGCAACUAUUUCUAAGCUGAAAGAGUUUCAGAAUUCAUUCAACGCAUAUCGAUACCUGUGGACCGGAGAUAGGACGGAGUUUAUGAGACAGUUUCUGCUCUAUGGUCACGCACUCUCAGCAGAGGAGUUGGAGCUGUACGCUGAUUACGAGCUCACCAAGAAUCCACCCAAACUGGACAACUUCAAAGAGCAAAUCAGUGAGUUUGAGAAUCUGUAUGAAGCAGUGCAGGCGCUGGAGGAGAAGAGGAUUUUCUGUGGCUGGUGUCAGGUCGACAUCAAACCAUUUAAAUUCUCCCUCAUGAACAGCAUCAAGAAAUGGAGCUGGAUGUUCAAAGAGCAUCUGCUCAACCACGUCAACGACAGUGUGCAGGACUUGUCACGCUUCAUCGAGAACGCCGAGCAUGGUUUAGGGCAAAGCGUGAAGGAUGGAGAUUACGCUGGUCUGGUGGACAUCAUGGGUCACCUGAUGGCCAUCAGAGACAGACAGCAGAACACAGAGCAGCAGUUCAGACCACUCAAAUCCACCUCAGAUCUGCUGAAGACCUACAGCCAACAGCUGCCUGAGCACAUCUACACCCUGCUGGAGGAACUGCCAGAAAAAUGGAAGAAUCUGAAGAAAGUGGCCUUCACUGUAAAGCACGAGGUCGCUCCUCUGCAGUCCAACGAGGUUGCGGUCAUCCGAAGGAAGUGUGUCCGCUUCGAGAUUAAACAGCACGAGUUUCGGGAGCAGUUUCGUACGGAGCUCAUCUUCAGCAUCAACAUCGACGAACCGUACAAACUCAUUGACAAGACAAACCAUGCAGUGGCUCAUUUGGAAAACGAGAUGUGCAAACUGCAGGAAACCGCCAAGCUGUUUGAGGUCAGCUUCCCGGACUACAAGCAGCUCCGGCAGUGCCGCUCUGACAUCAUCCUCCUCAAAGCGGUGUGGGAUAUGGUCAUCUUUGUCAAGUCCAGUAUCUUGGACUGGAGGAAGACACCGUGGAAGGAAAUCAACGUGGAGCAGAUGGACAUGGAGCUCAGGAGGUUUGCUAAGGAGAUGAAGACUCUAGAUAAGGAAGUGCGCGUAUGGGACGUCUACGCCGGUUUAGAGUCUACUGUUAAAAACCUACUGACGUCACUGAGGGCUGUUAAUGAACUGCAGAACCCAGCGGUGCGAGAGCGACACUGGCAGCAGCUCAUGCACACCACGGGGGUGAGCUUCAUGAUGGAUGAGAACACGACUCUGGGUGACCUGCUGGAGCUUCAGCUGCAUCGUGUGGAAGAAGAAGUGAAGAACAUCGUGGACAAAGCAGUCAAAGAGAUGGCCAUCGAAAAGGUUUUGGCUGAGAUUAAGCAGACAUGGUCUAUGAUGUCUCUGUCGUAUGAGACUCACACCAGCACCGGAACUCCUCUACUGAAAGCAGACGAGAACCUGAUUGAGACACUGGAGGAUAAUCAGGUGCAGCUGCAGAAUAUUCUGAUGAGCAAGCAUGUGGAGUACUUCCUGGUUGAGGUGAGCGGGUGGCAGCGGCGGCUGAUGCUGGCAGACCUGGUGAUCGGCACCUGGCUGGGAGUGCAGCGCACUUGGGCUCAUCUACAGAGCAUCUUCACUAACUCGGAGGACAUCCGUAACCAGUUGGCACACGAUGCCGAGCUUUUUCAGGGCAUCCACCUCGACUUCCAGGAGUUGAUGAUGAAAGUUGUGGAAACUGCAAAUGUGAUUGAAGUCACCAACCAACCUGGUUACCUGGAGAAUCUUGAGGCUCUGCAGCAAAGGUUGUCCGUAUGUGAAAAAGCUCUGGCCGAGUAUUUGGAAACAAAGCGUCUGACAUUUCCACGAUUCUACUUUGUCUCCGCUGCUGAUUUGUUGGAGAUUGUUUCCAAGGGAACGCAGCCCAGACAGGUCACACGACACCUCCUGAAGCUCUUUGAUAACCUGGCUGAUCUGAAGUUCAGAGAUGAAGGAGAAGAGGAAGGGAGGGUAGAGGUUGCAGUAGGGAUGUACAGCAGAGAGGGGGAGUAUGUGCCAUUUUCCGAGUCCUGCGUGUGUGAGGGGCAGGCUGAGUGUUGGCUGGGUGGUUUAGAGCUGGCCAUGCGCUCCACAGUGAGGCAGGAGAUCUCAGAAGCGGUAGCAGCAUAUGAGGACAAGUCACGUGAUCAGUGGCUCUUCGACUAUCCUGCACAGGUGGCAUUGACGGGUAGUCAGAUUUGGUGGGCGAUGGAUGUUGGUAUUGCCUUUGAAAGGAUGGAGGAGGGUUUCGAGACAGCGCUAAAAGACUAUAACAAAAAACAGAUCCUCCAGCUGAAUUCUCUGAUAAACAUGCUGCUCGGUGAGUUGAGCCCUGGCGAUCGGCAGAAGAUCAUGACGCUCUGUACCAUCGAUGUUCAUGCUCGUGACGUUGUGGCCAAGCUUAUUGCUCAGAAGGUGAUGAAUGGUCAGGCGUUUGCCUGGUUGUCUCAGUUACGCCAUCGCUGGGAUGAAGGGCAGAAGCACUGCUAUGUCAACAUCUGUGAUGCCCAGUUUCAGUUCUCAUAUGAAUACCUUGGUAACACCAAUCGACUGGUUAUAACUCCACUCACUGACCGAUGUUACAUCACACUGACUCAGUCUCUCCAUCUGACGAUGAGCGGUGCCCCCUCUGGACCCGCUGGCACGGGCAAGACGGAGACCACCAAGGAUCUGGGACGCUCGCUUGGCAUUAUGGUCUACGUCUUUAACUGCUCAGAACAAAUGGACUACAAGUCCAUAGGUAAUAUCUAUAAAGGUCUGGCUCAGACAGGAGUCUGGGGCUGCUUUGACGAGUUUAACAGGAUCUCUGUGGAAGUUUUGUCUGUGGUCGCCGUCCAGGUCAAAACCAUCCAAGAUGCUAUUCGCAACAAGAAACAGAGGUUUUACUUCUUUGGGGAGGAGAUUGAUCUGAGGCCAACUGUAGGGAUCUUCAUUACUCUAAACCCAGGAUAUGCUGGUAGAGCAGAACUGCCCGAGAACCUCAAAGCACUCUUCAGGCCAUGCGCCAUGGUGAUUCCUGAUUUCGAGCUGAUCUGUGAGAUCAUGCUGGUGGCAGAGGGAUUCAUAGAUGCUCGUCUGCUUGCGCGCAAGUUCAUCAGUCUGUACACGCUCUGCAAAGAACUGCUCUCUAAACAGGAUCAUUAUGACUGGGGUCUACGGGCGAUAAAGUCGGUGCUGGUUGUUGCUGGGUCGCUGAAAAGGAAGGACAAAAGCUGUCCUGAAGAGCAGGUGCUGAUGCGCGCCUUACGGGAUUUCAACCUGCCGAAGAUCGUGACGAGUGACGUGCCAAUAUUCCUGGGUCUGAUCAGUGAUCUGUUUCCUCUGUUGGAUAUCCCGCGUAAGAGAGACCUGCAGCUGGAGCAGCACGUCCGUCAGUCCAUCGGCGAGCUGCGUCUGCAGCCUGAGGAGAACUUUAUCCUGAAGGUGACUCAGUUAGAGGAGCUGCUUGCUGUGAGACAUUCUGUCUUUGUGGUUGGUGGAGCUGGAACAGGAAAGAGCCAGAUUUUGAAGACACUGCAUAGAACCUACUCGAACAUGAAGCUGAAGCCUGUGUGGAGCGACAUGAACCCUAAAGCUGUGACCACCGAUGAGCUUUUCGGAUUCCUGCACCCCGCUACACGAGAGUGGAAAGAUGGUCUCUUCUCGUCAACCAUGAGAGAGCUGUCUGCUUUGUCCCACGAUGGCCCAAAGUGGAUCGUGCUUGAUGGUGACAUCGAUCCUAUGUGGAUAGAAUCUCUCAACACUGUUAUGGAUGAUAAUAAGGUUCUGACCCUGGCCAGUAAUGAGCGCAUCUCUUUAACAUCCUCUAUGCGUCUGCUGUUUGAGAUCAGUCAUCUGAAGGCUGCCACGCCUGCAACUGUAUCCAGAGCAGGCAUCCUUUACGUCAACCCACAGGACCUGGGCUGGAGCUCCUAUGUGACAAGUUGGAUUGACACACGUCAGGCCCAAUCAGAGCGAGCCAAUUUGACCAUUUUGUUUGAUAAGUAUGUGCCCUACUGUUUAGAGCAGGUCAGGUGCAACCUAAAGACCAUUACACCUAUACCCGAGGCAAGCAUGGUGCAGACUCUGUGUUGCUUACUAGACUGCUUGUUAACGGAUGAAAACACUCCCGCUGACUCGCCUCGUGAGCUCUAUGAGAUCUACUUUGUGUUUGCCUGUGUGUGGGCUUUUGGAGGGGCUCUCUUUCAGGACCAUCUUAGAGAUUAUCGCAGUGAGUUCAGCAGGUGGUGGAAUAAGGAGAUGCGGGCAGUGAAGUUUCCCUCUCAGGGAACCGUUUUUGAUUACUACAUUGAUCCCAACACGAAGAAGUUCACGCCCUGGAGUGAACGCACACCUCAAUAUGAGCUGGAGCCUGAUGUUCCACUGCAGAUGGUGCUGGUUCACUCGGCGGAGACGAUAUGCCUAGCGUAUUUCGUGGAGCUUCUCUUGGAGAAAGGCAAGCCAGUGAUGCUGGUGGGGAAUGCAGGCGUCGGCAAGACCAUCCUCGUAUGGGACACCAUUUCCAAACACAGGGAAGAGUACAUGGUGGCCAAAGUACCCUUUAAUUAUUACACCACCUCGGCCAUGCUGCAACGUGUUUUGGAAAAACCUCUAGAGAAGAGGGCAGGAAGGAACUUUGCUCCUCCUGGCACCAAGAAGCUAAUCUACUUUGUCGAUGAUCUGAACAUGCCGGAAGUGGAUGCCUACGGAACAGUCCAGCCACACACACUCAUCAGACAACAUCUGGAUUAUUCUCAUUGGUAUGAUCGACAGAGACUAGUGCUGAAGGAGAUUCAUAACUGUCAGUAUGUCACCUGUAUGAACCCAACAGCUGGAAGUUUCUCCGUCAACCCUCGGCUACAGAGGCAUUUCUCAGUUUUUGCAGUGCAUUUCCCAGGUCCCGAGGCUCUCAAUACAAUCUACAGCAACAUACUGUGUGGUCACUUCCAGCAGGGGGGCUUCAGCUAUGGAGUGAGCCGCUUGGUGGGUGCGCUUGUCCAGGCCUCCAUCUGCCUCCACCAGAAAAUGACCCAGAACUUUUUGCCUACUGCAAUCCGCUUUCACUACAUCUUCAACCUAAGGGACAUCUCCAACAUCUUCCAGGGGAUUCUUUUUGCCCAGCCUGAGACAGUGCGAUACCCCAUCGAGCUGGUGUACCUCUGGCUGCAUGAGUGUUCUCGGGUGUACUCGGAUAAACUGAUGGAGGAGAAGGAUGUUGAACUUUUCAGUAAGAUCCUGUUGGACACUGGCAAAAGAUACUUUGAGGGAAUAGAUGAGUCAAUCUUUAUUCACCAGCCUCUGAUCUAUUCUCACUUUGCCCACGGUGUUGGAGAGCCUCGUUACUCACAAGUCAGUGACUGGGAGAAGCUGCAGAAAACACUGACCGAUGCGCUGGAGCACUACAACGAGCUGCACGCCAACAUGAACCUAGUGCUGUUUGAGGAGGCCAUGCAGCACAUAUGUAGGAUCAGCCGUAUUCUGGAGUCUCCAGUGGGAAAUGCUCUGCUUAUUGGAGUGGGUGGCAGUGGGAAACAGAGUUUGUGUCGCUUGGCUGCCUUCCUCAGCAUGCUUGAGGUCUUUCAAAUCACUCUACGCAAAGGCUACGGCAUUGGGGACCUGAGGAGUGAUAUAGCUGCUCUCUACAUUAAGGUAGGAGUGAAGAACAUUGGCACAGUUUUCCUGCACACGGAUGCUCAAAUUCCUGAUGAACGUUUCCUCGUGCUGAUCAAUGACAUGCUCGCAUCCGGGGACAUCCCGGACCUGUUCACUGAAGAGGAGGUGGAUAUGAUUGUGGCUUCGAUCCGUCUGGAACUCAGAGGCCUUGGCCUGCUGGACACACGAGAGAACUGCUGGAACUUUUUCAUUGACCGUAUACGCAGACAGCUUAAGGUGGUCCUGUGUUUCUCACCGGUGGGUUUUACUCUGCGUACACGGGCACGGAAGUUUCCAGCUCUGGUGAAUUGCACAGCCAUUGACUGGUUCCAUCCUUGGCCCCAGCAUGCAUUGCAGUCCGUCAGCACAACCUUCAUCAGUAACAUCCAAGGCCUUGAGCCUGCGGUAAAGGUGUCUAUCAGCGAGUUUAUCUCCUACGCACACACCUGCGUUAACGAGGUGAGCGUGAAGUACCAGCAGAACGAGAAACGCUUCAAUUACACCACACCGAAAAGCUUCCUGGAGUUCAUGAAGCUGUACAGCAACCUGCUGGCCACCAAAAGGAGGGAGCUGACCCAGAAGAUGGAGAGGCUGGAGAACGGCCUGCAGAAACUUUUAACCACGGCCUCCCAGGUGGAGGAUCUGAAGGCUAAGCUAGCGCUGCAGGAAGUGGAGCUGCAUCACAGGAACAGCGACACAGAGGCACUCAUUGCUAAAAUAGGCCAGCAGACAGACAAGCUGAACCAGGAGAAGAGUGUCGCUGAUGCGGAGGAACAGAGGGUAGCAGCGAUCCAGGCUGAGGUGACGAAGCAACAGAAGGAGACUGAAGAAGACCUGGCUAAAGCCGAGCCAGCCUUACAGGCAGCCAAUGCGGCUCUCAACACACUCAACAGGCUAAAUCUAACAGAGUUACGGACCUUCCCGAAUCCACCUGUAAUUGUGACCAAUGUGCUAGCGGCUGUGCUAGUCCUACUCACUCUGAGCGGACGCAUUCCUAAAGAUCGCAGUUGGAAAGCCGCUAAAGUCAUCAUGAGCAAAGUAGAUGAUUUCCUGCAGGCACUGGUUAACUUCGAUAAAGAGCACAUUCCCGACGCUACAGUGCGAGUGCUGAGGGAUGAGUAUCUCAGAGACCCAGACUUCAACCCGGAGUUUGUGCGUCUUAAGUCCUCGGCUGCAGCAGGACUCUGUGCCUGGGUUAUUAACAUUGUGCGAUUUCAUGAGAUAUUCGUACUCUGUGAGGUAGAGACAAAGAGGAUGUGUCUCUCGCAAGCCAAUGCUGAUCUGGUUGAGGCAGCCGAAAAACUGGAGAUAAUCAGGAAAAAACUCACAGAGUUGGACAGUAGCCUGGACACACUGACUGCAGCGUUCGAAAAGGCCACCUCUGAGAAGCUGCGCUGUCAAGAGGAGGUGAAUCGCACCAAUAAAACCAUCCAACUGGCCAACCGCCUAGUCAAGGGCCUGGAGUCAGAGAAUGUGCGCUGGGCACACUCUGUAGCUCAGUACCGAGAGCAGGAGGCCACUCUCUGUGGAGAUGUUCUCCUCACGGCAGCCUUCAUCUCCUACGCUGGCUCCUUUUCCAAAAGAUACAGACACGAGCUCCUGCACAACCUGUGGAUGCCAUAUCUACGCACACAGAAGGUUCCUGUUCCCAUGGCCGAGGGUCUGGAUCCUAUCUCCAUGUUAACGGAUGACGCUACAGUGGCUAAGUGGAAUAACGAGGGUUUACCCGGUGAUAAGAUGUCUACCCAGAAUGCAACCAUCCUCUUGAACUGUGAGAGAUGGCCUCUCCUCAUUGACCCUCAGCUGCAGGGCAUCAAGUGGCUCAAGAGUCGCUACGGGAGCAGCCUCUGGGUCAUUAACUUGGGGCAGAAGGGGUACGUUGAUGUAAUCGAGCAGGCAGUAGUAACAGGAGAACCUGUGUUGAUCGAGAACCUGGAGGAGACUAUUGACCCAAUCAUCGAUCCAUUGCUGGGACGCCACACCAUCAAAAAGGGCAGGUAUAUAAAGGUUGGGGAUAAGGAGUGUAUGUUCCACCCUGAGUUCCGGCUCAUUCUGCACACUAAAAUGGCCAACCCACACUACAAACCGGAGAUCCAGGCCCAGACCACGCUUAUUAACUUCACGGUGACUCGGGACGGCCUGGAGGACCAGCUCCUUGCUGAGGUUGUCAACCUGGAGAGACCUGACCUCGAGCACCUCAAGUCCGAGUUGACGAAGCAGCAGAACACGUUUAAGAUCGAGCUGAAGCAGCUGGAGGACGAGCUGCUGACCAGACUUUCGGCCGCCGAGAGCAAUUUCCUGGGUGACAACAUGCUGGUGGAGAAACUGGAAAGUACCAAACACACAGCAGCUGAGAUCGAGAUGAAGGUGUUAGAGGCGAAGGUCAACGAGGUGAAGAUAAAUGAAGCUCGUGAACACUACAGGCCUGUGGCAGUACGAUCAUCUCUCCUCUACUUUAUCAUCAACGACCUCAACAAGAUCAACCCCAUGUAUCAGUUCUCGCUCAAGGCGUUCGACGUGGUCUUCCGUAAGGCGGUGCAGAACGCCGAGGUGUCUUCUGACGUCAAGACUCGCGUUAGCACUCUGAUCGACUGCAUCACCUUCUCCACCUUUAACUACAUCAACCGAGGCCUGUUCGAGAGAGACAAGCUGACCUUCACAGCUCAGCUCACGUUUCAGUUGUUACUGAUGAAUAAAGAGAUUGUAAUGCGAGAGUUGGAUUUCCUCUUGCGCUUCAAUAUUGACCACAGUUACAUCAGUCCUGUUGACUUCCUCUCCAACUCGGCCUGGAGUGCCAUUAAGACGAUGAGUUUCACAGACGAGUUCCGCGGGCUCGACCGAGACAUCGAGGGCUCUCCUAAACGCUGGAAGAAGGUGGUGGAGUCGGAGUGUCCAGAAAAAGAGAAACUCCCCCAGGAGUGGAAGAGCAAGAGCUCGCUCCAGAAGCUCAUCCUCAUGCGGGCUCUCCGUCCUGACCGCAUGACCUACGCUCUCAGGAACUUUGUGGAGGAGAAGCUGGGUGUCCAGUACACCGAGAGCAGGAAGAUGGAGUUUGCGAAGUCUUUUAAAGAAAGUGGUCCGGCCUCGCCCGUGUUCUUCAUUCUGUCACCUGGAGUCGACCCGCUAACAGACGUGGAGUCUCUUGGUAAGAAGCUCGGCUUCACUAUAGACCUUGGGAAGCUUCAUAACGUCUCUCUCGGCCAAGGCCAAGAGGCUGUAGCAGAGCUAGCCAUGGAGAAAGCGUCCAAAGAAGGUCAUUGGGUUAUACUACAGAACAUCCACCUGGUUGCAAAGUGGCUGGGAAAUCUGGAGACGCUUCUGGAGCGAUGUUGUGAAAGCAGUCACCCGGACUACCGAGUGUUUAUGAGUGCUGAGCCGGCGGCCACCCCUCAGGAGCACAUAAUUCCUCAAGGCAUUUUGGAAAAUUCGAUCAAAAUCACCAAUGAACCUCCGACCGGAAUGCUGGCUAACUUACAUGCAGCACUGGACAACUUUGAUCAAGACAUCCUGGACCAGUGUUCUCGGGAGCAGGAGUUUAAGACCAUCCUGUUCUCCUUGUGUUAUUUCCACGCGUGCGUUGCGGAGAGGAGGAAGUUUGGCCCUCAAGGCUGGAACCGCAAAUAUCCAUUUAACACUGGAGACCUGACUAUUUCUGUUAAUGUGCUCUACAACUAUCUGGAGGCCAACUCUCAGGUGCCGUGGGAAGAUCUGCGAUAUCUCUUCGGAGAGAUCAUGUACGGCGGACACAUCACCGACGACUGGGACAGGAGACUGUGCAGGACGUAUUUGGAAGAGUACAUGCAACCCAACCAGUUUGACAGGAAGUUGGCUUUAGCUCCUGGCUUUGUUGUUCCUUCCAACCUGGACUAUGAAGGUUACCACAGCUUCAUAGAUGAGAUGCUUCCACACGAGAGCCCGGUGCAUUACGGGCUUCACCCCAAUGCUGAGAUCGAGUUCCUGACCGUGACCUCUGACAGCCUGUUCCACACCCUGCUUGAACUACAGACCAGAGACUCGUCCAUGGGUGAAGGAACAUCGCAGAGCACCGAGGAGAAGGUAAAGACAGUCUUGGAUGACAUCCUGGAGAAACUACCGGAGGAAUACAACAUGUCUGACCUCAUGUCCAAAACGGCCGACCGCACUCCUUACAUUCUGGUGUGCUUCCAGGAGUGUGAGCGCAUGAACAUGCUGGUCAACGAAAUACGGCGCUCACUGAAAGAGCUGGAUCUGGGACUAAAGGGUGAGUUGGCAAUAUCUUCAGAGAUGGAGCAGCUACAGACAGCGCUGUUCUUUGAUAAUGUUCCUGAUACCUGGACUAGGCUCGCUUACCCUUCUACCUACACACUGGCUCAGUGGUACAAUGAUGUGCUGCUGCGCUGUCGAGAGCUGGACAGCUGGACUCAGGAUCUCUCUCUGCCCAGUGUAGUCUGGCUAUCAGGACUUUUCAACCCGCAGUCUUUCCUAACCGCUGUGAUGCAGAGCUUGGCGCGUAAGAACGAGUGGCCGCUGGAUAAGAUGACUCUGACGGUGGACGCGACAAAGAAAUUCAAGGAGGAGUUUAACCAGCCGGCCAGAGAGGGUGCUUAUGUCUACGGGCUCUACAUGGAAGGUGCACGCUGGGAUAUCCAGAACGGAACGAUCACGGAGGCACGGCUAAAAGAGCUCACUCCCAGCAUGCCCGUGAUCGCGGUCCGGGCCGUCCCGAACGACCGCCAGGAAACACGCAACAUCUACGAGUGUCCGGUCUACAAGACCAAACUGAGAGCAAACACCUACGUCUGGACAUUUAACCUGAAAAGCAGAGAGAGACCGGGCAAAUGGGUGCUCGCGGGCGUGGCUCUCCUCCUGAGUGUGUGAGGUGUUCCUGCAGCACAUCCAGCCUUUGCUCCAUUUCCCCGAACGUGAUGUCGCUGUCGCAGUCAACUCCGCCCUCUCUGUCCUGAGAUUGUGCAGAGUCAUCGAUGUUCCCACAAGACCAUUUGUCAGCACACACA